UCAUCGUCGUCCUGUGUAGACUCUUGGAACGCCGGCUAUGCCAAUCCAGAUGAGGGCGAAGAAGACUGGGAGCAAUGGGAACAAGGCUCCGACGAAGCACUCACCAUUCCAAAGCUGGAACCGAUCGACGAUGAUAUCAACUUGGAAGACGUAAUCGCAGUCCCUCUGUCGCAAACGCCGCCGAACGAGCUACUGGGAGGCUCCCAGCUCAAGCAAAAGAGGCCCCGCGGACGACCAAGGAAGCAUCCCUUGACCCCGAUAGUCAAUGCGAAUAAAGUUACCAAGGGCCGUUCAAAGACUGGGUGCAUCACUUGUAGGAAGCGCAAGAAGAAGUGCGAUGAGGCAAAACCAAGAUGCAUGAACUGUGAGAAGAACGCUGUCGUCUGCGAGGGAUAUCAUGAAAAGCAGGUCUGGAAGAGCGGCAGGGAAAGGGCUGAAGAGGAACGACAGCGUUGGGAGAACCUACCCAUCAUAACCAUGCAGCCCAUCUUUCACGGCGUUGAAACCACCGAGGACAAGAUUUUCUGGAAACACUACGUCAACCACUUCAGCAACGUGCUGACGGUCGAGGGAGAGGCUAAAAAUGCCUUCAAAGACAUCAUACUGCAGCUCGCUAAUCGACAUCAGGGCUUGAUGCACUCGAUACUUGCGGCUAGCAGCAAGCAUAUUGACUGGGAUACGCCUUAUGGAAUGAAGAUUCUUCAGAACAACCCAUCUACAAGCAAAAAGACGCUGGAGGAACGGUCCGAGUAUCACCACGAUGAGGGCAUGAGACGAAUGUAUGCCGAGAUGAAUGAAGAGAUGGACAAGAACGACCCCGAGUACAAGACGGUUCUGGCUGCGCGGUACGGCCAGAUGAUGUGUCUACUUCUCCAGACUCGAGCCGAGGGCAACCCACGGGGUGAUCACAGAGUUCAUCUGCAGGCGUAUAAGUUCCUAGUACAGCACUCGCCUCCAGAAGAUACCAACUUUCUGACCUUCAUCACGGAGUUUUUCCAAUAUCACAUCUACGCCGACGACCUCUUCUGGUACCCUGAGAAGAAGACGGAGCGUCUCGCGUCGGAAGACUGGGAACCGACGAUGCCUAUUCAUCCUCCACGCCUGCUGGGAGUCGCUGAUGGAUUAUUCCGACACCUCUCCGAGAUUACCAGUAUUCGAAACGUAAUCCGCGUCAACAUGGCCAGCGCUGUUGACCCCCUCGUGGACUACACCAGUCUGUACAAGGCCGCCGAGAUUGAUGCCGCCAUCAGGGAGUGGACGCCACGCUGGCCGUCUGGUGACAGCCGUGAUCGUGUCGGGCUGCUGUACAAGCAGAUGCUAUGGGUCUAUCUGUUCCGGACGAUAUACCCUCCCUCGGCCCUGCCUGGCCGCCGCAGCACCAUUGGCUCAUUGCCCACGGCCGUGUUUUCUUCAAUGCCGUCGACCCCACAGCCGCGACGGGCCUCGAUGGCUGCGGCCAUUGGUACCACAGCUGCUUCUCCGCUCAUGGGAGCGGUCAAUCCCUUCUCCCGUUCGAAAACGACGCACAGCGCUCCGUCUUCUCGCCAUCCCUCAAGAACCAGCUCCAUGCAUGAAGGGGACUUGCAGUCCGAGUCGCAGAGACAGCGGCCCUCCUCUCCGCCGCCUGCCCGUCGACCGGCUCAGGAUGACAAGCGGAUCACGGUGGCAGUCGACGAGUCUCUGGCGCUCUUGGAAUCAUUCAAACCUUCGGAUCCGUCACAAACUCUCCUUUUAAUCCCGUGCCUGGUGAUUGGAACGGCUUGCUUCGAACCCGACCAGCGAUAUCGCAUCCGAGCAGCCGUCAGGGCAGUGCGAGGGUAUACAGGCUUGAAGAACUGCGAUCGCGUCCUGGAAUUGCUUGACGAGGUGUGGGCACUCAUGGAACAAGGCGACUGGGUGGCUGUUUGGGAUUGGCAAAGGGUCGCGAGACGAAUGGGUCUCGACUUUCCCUGCACAUGA